AUGCAUGUGAUGAACUGUGUCUCCUUGGUCAGCGAUAAGGAAAAUGGGGCUCCCGCCUCGCCAGCCGGAUUCAUGAUCAGCCGGUCCCCGCCGCCCCCGCCGCCCCCGCCACCGCCACCAUGCGUGUUUCCCGAGGGGGUCGGGCUCCCACCCCCCGCCCCGCCCCUGCCCGGGGGUCCUCCCGCCCCCCCGCCCCCGCCGGGACUCCCCCCGACCUCGCUGGUGAAUGGCCACGGCCCCCCGGGCAAGAAGAAGCGGCUGCGCAGCUUCUUUUGGAAGACGAUUCCCGAGGAGCAGGUGCGCGGCAAGACCAACAUCUGGACUCUCGCGGCCAGAAAGCAGCAGUACCAGAUCGACACCAAGACCAUCGAGGAGCUGUUCGGGCAGCAGGACGCGAGCCCCAAGACGUCCCCAGCCAGGCGAGGGUCCCCUGCCCACUCGUCCUUCCGGGAGGCCAGAGAAGAGAUUACCAUCUUGGAUGCAAAGCGGAACAUGAACAUUGGAAUAUUUCUCAAGCAAUUUAAGAAGUCCCCUCAGUCCAUUGUGGAAGACAUUCACCAAGGGAAGAGUGAGCAUUAUGGAGCAGAGACAUUGCGAGAAAUCCUUAAGCUGCUGCCAGAGUCUGAGGAGAUAAAGAAAUUAAAAUCCUUUAGCGGCGAUGUGUCCAAGCUGUCCCUGGCAGACUCCUUUCUGCACUAUUUAAUUCAGGUGCCAAACUAUUUGCUUCGGAUUGAAGCCAUGGUGCUAAAGAAGGAAUUUUUACCUUCUUGUUCUUCUCUGUACACAGACAUAACAAUCCUAAGAACUGCUACAAAAGAGCUGAUGUCUUGUGAGGAGCUGCAUUCAAUAUUACACUUGGUGCUACAGGCAGGCAAUAUUAUGAAUGCUGGAGGAUAUGCUGGCAACGCUGUAGGAUUUAAACUGUCUUCUUUGCUCAAACUGGCGGACACUAAAGCCAACAAACCCGGCAUGAACCUUUUGCACUUUGUCGCCCAGGAAGCCCAGAAGAAAGAUGCUGCUCUUCUAAACUUUUCUGAAAACUUACGUCACGUCCAGGAGGCUGCAAGAUUAUCUCUGGAUAACACAGAGGCUGAACUGCACUCACUGUUCGACAGGACAAAAUCUCUGAGGGAAAACAUCCAGCGUGACAGCGAACUUUGUCAGCAGAUGGAAGAUUUUCUCCAGUUCGCCACCGAGAAGCUGAGAGAGCUAGAACAGUGGCAGCUGGAGCUGCAGCGUGAGGCCCACACUCUCAUCGACUUCUUCUGCGAGGACAAGGAGACAGUGAAGCUGGACGAGUGUCUGCAGAUUUUUCACGACUUCUGCCUCCGAUUCAACAAAGCCGUGAAGGACAACCAUGAAUGGCAGAUGCAGGAGCGGCGGCGACAGCAGCGGCUGCAGGAGCUGGAGCAGAAGCGGCGGUCCUGGGCAGCCGGAGAGCUGGGGGGCUUCGGCCGAAGCAGCAGCGAGAAUGACGUGGAGCUGCUGACUAAGCGGGGCUCCGACGACCUGCCCCCCUUUCUGCACCCCAGGCCCAUCAGCCCUUCCUACCGGCCUCCCAACACUCGCCGCUCCCGUCUCUCCCUGGGCAUGUCAGCUGACCGGGAGCUGCUGACCUUUCUGGAGGGCACCACGGGCAGCCCCGAGGAGCUCAAGUUCAAUAGCCUGCCCCGCAGCAGCCAGCCUCGGCCCACCGUGGCCUGGAUGGAGCCCGCAGCGGCCAGCACCCCGGACCCCAGGGGCGCACAGGAACAUCAGGAGGAAGCCCCCCACCCGUCGGCGGCCUGGCGGAGUCACCCCCCAGCCAAGACCCUCAGUGAAGCCACCUGGACCUUCCCCCAGGCCCGAGGAGGCGGGGGCAGCGUCCUGAAGAAGCGCAACAGCGAGCCAGUUGGCCUGGGCCCUGUCCGGUCCCCACCCCUGUCCCCGCUGACUGUGGGGGUCGAGGAGCACGAGCUGGUGACUGGACUGGCUCAGUUUGAUCUGCAGAGUCCCAGAUCUGCAGAGGAAACAGCCCAGAUGACCCCGAGUCACUCCAACCCCAAGGAGUCCCCGGGGCUGUCAGCCACCACUGACAGUUUGAGGCAUGGGGACCCGGGGAGUCAGCCCAGUCCGGCUUUGGAAGAAGGCGCGGGCUCCCCGGAGGAGGAGCCGAGCUGCCCUGCGUUGCCCUCUGCUUGCAGCAGUGACCCAGAGAAUAAAGACCCGGGUCGGCUCUUCUACAUCUCCGACGCCACCGACUGCUCCCUGACGCUGGACUGUUCCGAAGGCACGGACAGCCGGCCGGCGGGAGAAGCGGACCGAGGAGGCGACGAAGGCCAAGGGGAUGCGUCUGUGUCCUCGGGGGCCGGAGAGCCCGCAGGGUCCCCUCUUUCCAUCCCCACGGGGGCCUCCUCGACUCCCGGCUCCAGAAAAAGCGAGCCGAUCGCCAAAGGAGGCCUUGGCAGGGACAGACCGGCCAAAGGGAGGGGCGACGUGCCGGCAGCCGCGCUCAAGAGAAACUCUCUCAAGGAGGCGCCCCCGGGAGCCCCGAAGGCCGGGAGCGCGCGGCGUGGCCAGGCGGCGGCCACCAGGCCCGCGCGGCCCCCCAGCGCCGGGGUGCGGACUUUGACGGCGUCGGAGAACGAGAACAUGCGCAAGGUCGUGCCCAUCUCGCGCUCCAGCAGGGGCUCGGGGGGCUGGAAGCGGCCCUCUCGGGACACCCCCGGGACCGCCGAGCCAGCCUGGGCGCGCCGCAGCUCCGUGAAGGGCACCUCGGACACGUCGCCCCGCAGGGCCUCGACGGGCGGGACUGCCGAGGAGCCCCGGCUCCCACGGGCCAGCGGCUCCAUGAGCGGGAGGCCGGGCAGGGAGCCGACGCUGCAGGCCCGCGGCUCGGUCCGCAAGCCCAGCGCCAAGCCCCUGCGCAACCUGCCCCGCCAGAAACCCGACGAGAAUAAGAUCUGCCGCUCUGACUCCCGGGACCCCGAGAACCCUGAAGAGGAGCCCAAGCCGCCGCCGCCGCCCACACCCAGCGCCCCCCGCGUGCCCGCCCCGGUGCCCAGCUUUGCCCGGAACACAGUGGCCUCGUCUUCGCGGUGCAUGAGAACCGACGCGGCGCCAGUGGCCAGAGCCCCUGGUCUCAUGCGGACGGUGUCGCAGCGGCAGCUGAGAGUGAAGGGGGGCCCCGAAGACGCGCCCUCCAAGGACAGCAGCACCCUGCGGCGCGCUAGCAGUGCCCGGACCCCCAAGAAGUGCUCUGAGUCUACGGUGGAGGGACCCGGAUCCACCCCUGAGGCGGCCCUGAAGGGCAAAGGGGCGGCCGAGAGGGGUUCGGUCAGACUCAGAGACCCCCAACACCGGACCACGCUGGGGAAGAUUCUCAAUCCCCUUCGGAAGUAACAGGGAGGAGAAAUGCUGCCUUUUAUUUAGCCUUUUGGGAGAUUCAACUAGUUGGGGACAGUUGUGAGCUGCAAGAGGCCAUCACCGACAGGUGUGUGUGCCCCAUGGCCUGUCCCUCAGUGGCACCUUUGCAGGCCCAGAUCACAGGUUCAAGCCACUGUCAGCACCCCAAGUUGGAAGUUGGGAAGUUUGAUGAGGACAGUGAAGGCCGACACCCCAUGAAAGACUCAGCCCUGAAUGGUUUUUUUUGUUGGUUUUUUUUUAGGUGAUGAGUCCGCGAUCAUGGCCUGUUUUUAGAAACCAAAGACUAAUGUUUUGAUAUAAAAAUAAAAUGUUCCCAUCGGUUCCUUUUGCAAAGUGAAAUGCAUUCUAGGAAAAACAAAUAAGGGAGAAGCGAAGCCCUCCUUUUUGGGGAGCUCCAUCUGCUCCCUGUUCUUGGCCCCCUUCAACACCCACACCCACCCCUACCCCCGCCUCCUGGAUGCCUCUGUGUCCUCAAUGGCUGGUCAGCAGCUGCCGCUUGCACACUUGCUGCCUUUGCUCAUUGGUGCCAGCCGGCCUUGGGGGCAGAAGUGAGUGAGCUGGAGCAGAAGG